GAUUCGCCAAUUCCUGCUGCAGACAUAGGAGCCUUUCUGUGUACCGUUUAGUCCUGAGCCCUGUAGAUUUGCCCAUUAUCAGUGAAUGUCAGGAGGCUAGGAAACAGACCCUUGUCUGAUGUUCAGAAUGAUUCACAGCACGGACUGUGUGCUCAGAUAAGCCAUGAAGAUAUGGGGAAGUGACGAGAUCCUCUAAAUGCAGGAUAACACAGCUCCAGAAAUGAUAGCCGGCAUGGGUUACAAAAAAACAUUCAGUAAGAAAACUUCAGUUAUCAAGGAACACCAACCAUGGGUAAUGAUUCGGUCCCAACUUGAACAGAUUAUAGUGUUGCAAAACCAGCUAAUGCGAAGUGGAAUCAUCAAGGACCAGAAAGACCUUGAAGAUUUUUGGGGGCUGAUUCAAGAUAAACCUGGUAAAAAGCUCAAAGAAGGGACUCGGAAAAUAAAAGCAAAAGUGUCUGCUUCUAGAUAUCUACCUUCAAUUACUCCUGUGAGAAGCAAAAUCGAGAAGUCAGAUACUCAUCCAAACAGUGAAAUCUGUCACCUGAAAAGGUCAAUUUUUUCUAGAUUUGCUGAAUGGAGAAAAAAGAAUGAAAAGGAAGAAAUGAACAGUGAGGAAUCAGAAGAACAGGAGAGAGAUGAAAUUUAUACAUUAAGUGAGAUGUGUUUCCCAAGCAAGACCUAUCUAGAUCGCUUAUAUGAGAUGUAUGUCAUCUCCACUGCUAACAUGGAAUCAUCUUUGAGACUGCUUGAGAGAAAUGACCAUUUUGCAGAUGUGGAUAAAGAGUGUAGUGCCCGUGAUCUGCUGGAUUUCCUGUUUCCAAAUAACAACAAGCAGCCAAUGAGACCCGUGAGGACAAAAGCAGCAUUCCCAGUUCAUCGUCAGGAAACACAGGCACAACAUCACUUGGACGUCUCCCACUGUAAACUCCGGUCCAACAAAAAGGGAAAUCCAAAAUGGAAACAUGACAGAAACAAAGCCAUGGAUGUAAAAAAAUGUUAUCUUACAGCCACUUCUUCAAGUGACAAAAGGAUAAAAAAGCUACCUGCAAUGUUGAACAAAAACGUCUCAAACCUGAAAACAUCCAAUUUUAUCCUGGCUUCUUGUGUUGACCAUCAAAAAUGCCCACACAGUAAAAAUACUUCCACUGGGAGGACCCCUAUUCCUCUCACCCUGGAACAAGUGAUGAUGACUCAUCCAGUCCUGGAAGUUAAGCCAGCAAUUAAAAACAGCAAUAAUUACAUUGAUCAAGACUAAAGAGAAGAAGAUAUAUUAACUGGACAAAAAGGAUUAUGAAAUAUUAACCAUUGUGGAAGAAAUAAUUAGAUGACAGCUUUUAUUUUUCCUAAUUCUAAGAUAAAUGACACUAAAGACUUUAUGACAGGGAGUGAAAUCACUGUCACAUGCAUUUUAUUUUCAGUAAUGCCUGCUUCCCAGAAUAGUAAUUGAGAAUGUUUCCUUUACAUUAAAAACACUAUAUAUAUAUGUGUGUGCACAGGUAAGUAAUUCUUUAAAAAUUAUGUUAGAAUUACUGAAUCACUCCUAAGUGGUAGAAGAACAUCAUUUAAAACAUUUCUAGGUCCAAGAUUCCUCAUCUCUAAAAUCAGGGUCUUGAACCAAUCUCUUAGACCCCUUCCUCAUUCUCUAAUUCUAAGCCACCUUUCAGAAUUCUUCCUCCUUUAAUUUUAUUGGUUGGUUAGUUGGCCUGACCAAGAUGGUAUCUUAUCCAUCUUUUUUUUUAAUAGAAUUUUAUUUUCCAAAAUAUAUGUAAAAACAAAAUUUUAACACCAAUUUUUUUUAAAACUGUGUGUUACAAAUUCUCUUCCCUCCCUCCAUUCGCACCCCACCCACCCACAAGAACUCAAGCAAUUCAAAAUAAGUUAUACAUGAGUAAUCUUAAGUAUAUCAAAUUUGAAGGUUUUUGUGGGUCUACAGAAAACUGAUCUUGGGUUUAAAUUCUGAAUGAUCCUUCAGUGGACUGUGGUGGUUGAGGCAGCAUUAUAGAUUAAUCAGCUUCACUUAAAAGCUGGGGGCAGCUAGGUGGCACAGUGGAUGGUACACUGGCCCUGGAUUCAGGAGGACCUGAGUUCAAAUCUGGCUUCAGACACUUGACAUUUACUAGCUGUGUGACCCUGGGCAAGUCACUUAACCCUCAUUGCCCCCCCCCGAAAAACUCAAACCAACCAAACAAACAAAAAACCCCCAACGCUAUAGCUAUUACUUAUGUAGCUACACAGUGAAGAGCUACUAUUAGAAAUGAUUGCUGUGAAUGUCCUUACAACAUCCUACUCCAAUCAUGGUGUGGAGGUAUUUCUGGGUGUUGGAGGUUUCCAUCUUCCCACCUUCAAUGAAACUAAAGCUCUUCUAUUUUCUACCGUAGAGUAUGGUCCUAUCAACAAACUAGACGCGCUUUCUGAGAAUUUGCCUAGCUAAAUAUAGAGGUUCGUCACUUGGAGGUUGGCUACUUGGUAAUCAAUUAUAGAUCCAUAGUAAUCCAUGAAACAAAAUUACAAAAUGGUUGUAAAUUCUGUGCCUCCAGCUCCAUUGUACUGCUGUAGUAUGUAGCCUAUUUAUAUUUUUGAUUAUAAUAUAUUUCCUAUAUAUAUAAUCAGGGUGGUGGAAAAGAAGACAGAAGAUGGCAAGAAUCAUGCACACACACAUAUAUAUAUAUUAAUUUACCAUGAUUUGUUUAACCAUUCCCUAAUCAAAGGGAAUAUUCCUUGUUUCUACUUCUUUCCCACCUCAAAAAGUGUUGCUAUAAAUAUUUUGGUGUCUAGUGAUGAGGGGAAGAAGAGUCUUUUUUUCACUGAACUUUGAGGUAUAUACCUAGCCAUGGAAUCUCUAGGUCAAAGAACUUUUAAGUCACUUUUUGCAUAAUUCUAAAUUACUUCCCAGAAUAGCUGAACUAAUUCAAAGCCCCACCAAUUAUGGCUGAGUAUGCUUGUCUUUCUGCUAACUUCUAUAAUAUUAACUAUUCCCAUCUUAUGUCAUUUUUCCCCCAAUUUACUAGCUGUGAGGUGACACUUCAGGGUUGUUUUCUUUUAUGAUUCUCUUAUUAACUUAGGGCAUUGCUUCAUAUGGUUGUCAAAAGUUUUCAAUUCUUUUGAGAACUGAUUGUUCCUUCCCUUUGACUACUUAUCUAUUAAGGUCUGCUUCUAGUCUUACAUGUUUAUGGGGUUUUUUAUUCAUCUAUAUAACUUAAAUGGCCAACUAGUGGUGCAGUGGAUUGAGCAUCAGGCUUGGAGUCAGGAAGACCUGAGUUCAAAUGUGACCUCAGACACUUACUAGCUGUGCAAGCUAGUAAAAUCUGGACAAGUCACUUAACCCUGUU